UUUUUUUCCCUUGUGAAUACAUAGAUGUUUUCCUUUCUUUCUUUCUCUCUCUAAUUAUACUUUUGAAUUACUGCAUUCCAUAUGUUGAAUUUCAACUUCAAGCAAUUGUAUCAUUAUGAACUGAAGGUUUCUGAGGUACUCUUAAUUUUUUUAAAAGUUUCCUAUAAUCUAACACAGUAUGAAAAUGAUUCUCUACUAGCAAUUGUAGGUUGAAUUUUGCAGUUUUAGGACUAAAUACUACAUUUGAGACUAAGGCUUGUUUGGUUUGGCCUAUUAUUUUUCAGUAUAAAUUUUGUGUGGGAAUUUAUGCACUAUGGGGAUCGUUUGGUUUAAAGACAAGUUAUGUUGCGAUUACUAAUGCAAGGAUUCCAAUGCAUGGAUUGUAAUAUAAGGCUCGUAUAAUGCAAGUAUGAUUUCUUGUUGAAUGUCUAGUUUGAUAUAUUACUACAUAUUAGUAUACAAUGUAUAAUUUAAAAUAUUUAUUUAUUUUUUAAAACAAAACAAAAAGUUCUUACUUUUAUGAGUGUUUGGUCAUUUUAUCUUUUUAGUCCAUGUAUACUAGUAACUCCACUCCUGUUCCGCUAUUCUAUCUCACAUAACUUAAUGUAGGUAUUAUUUAUGAGGAAAACAAAAAGGAGCAACAAAACAUUGUAUUAAUUAGUACUGAUUUCUAUGUGGAGAUUAUAUCUCCUUAAUAUUCCAACCAAACAUUAUAUAAGCUUAUGCUGAUUUAUAUGUGGAGAUUAUAUCUCUUAAAAUUCAAACCAAACGGUCCUGACGUGUAUUAUUUUAUGUGGGAUAGAUGGUGUAAAUAUGAAUCAGGCAUUAGCAGUAUAUCGGUAAGAGCACCUAAAAGUGAACAAAAUUUUUUAAAGCUAAUUCUUUAAUUUGGUAUUACAAUAAAAUGUUUGGCUCAAUUCUUCGCCUCAUCUAUGUGUGCAGUUCGAUGCUAAUUGAUAAGUUUAAUAUAUUAGUUUAUCAUCUGGAAAGCAUUAUAUGUAAAUAGUUUGUUUUUCUUUGUUUCUGAGCCAUUAAUCAUUUGAUACAACUAGUCUCGUAAACUGUUAUGGAAAGGGUCGUGUAUUGACAUGAUCAAAAGAAAUGAGUAGUGCCACUGUAUUAACUAAUCAUUUGUUUCUGAGCCAUUAAUCAUUUGAUUGUUUUCUCUUGGUUGAUCUCCUGCUAACUUCUCACAGUUGCAGCAUGUUUUUCCAAUAUGAUUUCAAGUUUUUUGCUGGAUUUUUAUGUCUUCUGUUGUCUCCAGACUCUUCUAUCGAUUCUCUAAAAUGAUGGAAACGAAGAUCAUGAAAGUGUCAGGCCGAGAACCUUCUGAUAUCAUAAGCAACCUUCCUCACGAUGUAAUUAAGUUCAUUUUGACGUGUUUGCCUCUGCGAGAUGCUGUUAGGACUAGUAUCUUGUCGAGGAAAUGGAGGUAUAACUGGACCAAAGUUCCAAAAUUAACGCUUGAUAGCAGACUCUGGAAAAAAACCAAGCAGAAUAUAUCAACCCCUAGAGUUAAGUUUGCAGUGAUUCUCUUUCAGCUCUUGUCACUUCAUCAAGGACCAAUUACUGAGUGUGGAGUCUCCAUUUCUGAUCUGAAAGACUGCCCUGAAAUUGACAACUUGAUAUUUUUCCUGUCAAGGAAUGGGAUCGAGCAUCUCGAUUUUAAAUUUCCGAAGGGUGAAAAGUACAAAUUGCCCUCUUCAGUUUUCACAUGUUCACACAUGAGGCAUUUGACUCUCAAAUAUUGUUUGAUCAAUCUUCCACCUGCAUUUGAAGCAUUUAGUAGGCUUCUUACCCUGGAAUUGUAUGAAGUCACUAUUUCUGACAAAUCUCUUGAGAAUUUAAUAUCCUGUUGCCCAAAGCUCGAGCAUGUGGAGCUUGAAAUCUCAGUCCCUUUGAACUCUAUUGAAGUUAAUGCUCCUCAAAUAAGAUACUUCUACUUCGGGACCAAAAUAAAUUCUGUAUGUUUCAAGAAUACCCCUCUUCUUGAUUAUGUUUAUAUUGUGAUGCAAGAUAUAAAUAAUGGUUCUGUGGAGAGAGGAAAAUGUAAUUUUAUGGAGUUUUUUGGUUCCUUGCCUGCUCUUAAGGAUCUCAACUUGGAUUAUUUUAUUAUCAAGACACUAAUUGCAGGAAUAGAUGAAAUCCCGGUGAGGCUUCCCAUGCUUCUUCUCUGUCUUAGACAGCUUUACCUAUGCGAGAUUCGUAUAAGCGAGUUAAAUGAUAUACGCUGUCUUUUUUGCUUGAUUAGAAGCUCCCCAUAUUUGGAAAAAAUUGGAAUGGAGGCAUUUAAUGACAAAGGAGAUGAACUUCCUGUUCUUGAAUAUUUGGAAGCUGAAUACCAUUCAGACAUGAAGUUGAAUCAGCUUACCAAAGUUUGCUUGAAAGAAAUUAGUGGCACAAAGCCUGAGAUGGAACUGAUCAAGCUUCUGUUGGCCAAGUCUCUGAAGUUGGAGACUAUGCUAAUUGAGCCUUGCAUAGAGCCUGAAUCUCCUCAAACAUUAGUUGAGAUACUGAAACAGAUUAAUGAAUUUCAGAGGGCAUCCCCUAGAACAAAAGUCAAAUUUAUAGACGAAGUCUAAUGCAUCACCAGAAAGAGAUAUACACAUUCACUAUGCAAUAUGUUAUGAUAAAGAUAUGGGAACAUUUCAAAAUUUGACUGCUAGAGAGGAGGCAGGCAGCUAGCAUAUUUUAAUGCAAUGCUCGUAGGCAGGAGUUGGUGAAGAACUGAAUCAUUCAUUCAAGUUGAAGGUGUGAAAUUUAGUAUGUCUUCACUGAAGUUGUUCCGACAUCAAGUUCUUAUUGAUCUUUAUCCGUAUUAUUUCUUUUGUCUAUAGGCAUUUGGCCUCCGAACUCACUAGCCCGACUAAUUUGGUUUCAUUCCCUGCUAAGAGAUUCUGCGUUCUCUGGAAUCUGAGAUCUCUUGUCAAGAUGGAGGGAUACCGACCGCUCACCACAUCACUUUGGUGAUUUUGUUGGAGUUAAUUUUGUCUCUAGCUCAAAUUUCUAAACAGAAUUUUCAGGCGAUAUUUCUUGCCAAAGUUUAUUACUCAGUUUUGCCUUGCAUUAUUUAUGCUA